AUGAUUCCAAUGAUUCCAUAUCUUUUUUCUCUCCACAACUUUCCUUUUUGUCUCGUGUCUCUGCUCGUGUUCUUCACUGUUCGUGUCUCUGCGGCCAACAUCGUCUCCGCCAACCCGACAAACGACACCAAUGCCCUCACCCGCCAAUUCGGUCCUCUACGGUUCUUUCUAAGCGGCUCUUCCGCGGACAGAAUCAGUCUCGCUCCAUUAACAAAUAAUCUGCGGACGCUAGAUUAUUCGUCUUUUCAGAGAUUUGAUAUACAAGGCAUCUUAUACCAAACCACACCAUCCAACACCGCCUCCGUCACGCCUCAAAACAUCGCAUUGAUAAGUUGCGACCCAUCCGCCUACACCGGCUACCUCCAUGUCGCAGAUACCGUUUCAGACGUAGUUACAUUAUCCAGUGGAGGUCCCGCUGCCGUUCUGUUGUACAGUGUACAGUCAAAUCAUUGCAAUUAUACCGUCAACGACCCGAGAGUUACUUAUUUCAACGUUUUCACUAUCGUCAAUUCGACCGCGGCGCAGCUGUUUUUGAGCAAUUUGCCUAGUACCAACGACACGGUCACUGCGGGUAUUACUGCCGAUAUGUCGACGAGUAGUGCUACGACUUUUGGGAGCGGGAAUUCGACUUCCUCUGGAGCUGGGGGGACGGUGUCUUCAUCGACUACGGCGGUGGCGAUGAUUAUUUUGUAUACAAUCACUGGUAUUAUUACGGCGUUGUUUUUGGGGAUUAUCAUCACCGGUGCAGUGCGUGCUCAUCGACAUCCUGAGCGGUAUGGACCCAGGAAUGUGACGGGACGACCGCGGCAGAGUCGAGCAAAGGGGAUUGCUAGAGCGAUGUUGGAGACGAUCCCGAUUGUGAAGUUCGGCGAUGAUAAAGACGACGGUGUUGAUGCAGCCAAGAGGGAUUUGGAGAUGGCGUCUAGGAAUGAUGAAGCGUCAACCCAUACGAGUGAGACCGGUCACGAAGGUGUAUUAGCACAUGACGCUACAACUACUACUACAACUCCUACGAAUGAAGUAGCACACCCUCACCCUGAACCGGAUCAGGUCACGACUGCUCCCGCAGCUGCUCCUCACAGCGUAGCCGAAACAGGAAACAACAACUGUCCCAUUUGCACAGAUGACUUUGUCAAAGGCCAAGACGUCCGACUCCUACCUUGCAACCAUCAAUUCCAUCCCGAAUGUAUUGACCCGUGGCUGAUCAACGUCUCGGGGACAUGUCCCCUCUGUCGUAUCGACCUUAACCCGGUAAACUCCGAAACAGCCGAAGACGCCGACUCAAAUACCGAAGAAGGUGAAACGCAACACAUUGAUGCAGUCGACCCUUCAAACAAUCAGACAAGUAUCAACUCGAAUGCGAAUUAUAGACACUCCCGCGGCUUGGCAGGAUAUCUAUCCGAUGUCAGACGUGCUCGCAACGCUCCAGUGGAAGAACGCAUUGAAGCAUUGCGACGAUUGCGUGAGUCGCAUCAACGACAGCAGGAAGAUGAUUCUGCGGAAGAUAGUCAGGGUCGUCGACGGCAUUUGGCGAUGCGGUUACGCGAUCGAUUCAGGAUUCGGACGAGACAGCAUGGUUCUGAGUCGUGAGCUUGGUUGAACAUAUACAUGAACAUACUUGAAUAUUCUACAACGGAAUAUUCACCUUUACAUACACCCAUCUCGUGCACAUUACCAUCUCACAUCUCACGUCCCACCUGAUAUAUAUACUUAAACAACGAAACGGGGCAUCCAAAAGCGCGACUCCCCUUUCUAUUUCAUGCUAUUUCUUCUUUUCUAUCCCAUCAGCAUCGGAUCUUCGACGGCGUUUAUAUGGUUUGGUUUGGUUAUACACCUGGCUGGCUACCUAGGUCAUGGAUGGCUUUAUGUUCUUCUCUAUGCUUUAUGAUUUAUGGCCGGCGCUUAUGUUAUGUACAUUUCUUGGAACGGUUGGCUGGUUAGUUGGUUUUAUAGGGUGUAUAGGAGAAUGAAUU